UCAUAAGAUGUCUAUUUGAUGAUUGUCAAUUUGAUAAUGACAUUGACACCUUUGACACGAUACUUCUGUCAAAUGUAUUUGUUUGGAUUUUGUAUUCCUGCUCUGCAUGGUUUUAGCAGCAUUUUCAGGAUAUUCCAGAACUACAAAUAACAAAGAGUACAUCUCUAGCGAGCGUAGGAAGAUCCAGCAUUACACAUUGUAGUACACGUUUUCACCAUGUCGCUCCGAGCACAAAUGGAGAAGAAGAAGGCACAAGAAGAAAUGCGUCGCCUCAUGGCAGAACGCAAGAAGAAGGAUGUGAAAACUACAAAGAUAGAUAAUCCGCUGGCCAAGUAUAACAACUUGGGCCAGCUCAUGUGCUUACUCUGCUCUUCUGUAGUCCGUUCUGAAGCAGUUUGGCCAGUGCACCUUAACAGUAAACAGCAUAGGGAAAACGUCGAAAAAGCUAAGGAGUUAAAGAAAAUCACUAACGAUUUUACAGACGCUAAAAAAGUUAAAAGGCUAGGUGUUCCACCAGCAGAUGCGCCACCGGAGAAAAAGUUGAAGAGCAUCCUGAAAAACGCUGGUGAUGUUAAACCCGUGCAGUUGCCGAAGAGUGAUGUGCCUAAUGUAAUCUCUUAUCAUAAUGAGGAGAUAAAAAGGGCACCUUUGAAUCUAGAUUUAGUGCAAUCAACACUGAAUGGAAGUGAUGAGAAUGCUGGAUCCAGUAGGAUAGACAAGGUAUCCAGUGGUAAAGAUAAAACUCCGCCAGUGCCAGAAGCGCCUAUACCAGAAGGCUUUUUUGAUGACCCCAUCUUGGAUGCCAAGGUGCGUAAUAUCGAGUACAAGGACCCUGUAGAAGAAGAAUGGGAAAAGUUUCAAAAAGAAAUAAAGGAACAAGCUACCGCGUCAGCUGAAAUUAUAGCUGGAGAACAAGAGGAAGCUACGGCGGAGAGACAGAUUGAUGAAAUUGAAGAACAGAUGAGAAAUUGGAACAGGGUCUUAGAACUAGAAUUGAAGAAAGAAGAAACAAAAAAGAACAAAUUAGACACUGAACAACAAAGUGAAAAUGAAGAAGAUUCAAAUGAUGAAGGCGAUAUUGAUGAAUUUUUGGACUGGCGAGCAAAAAAAGCAUAUAGUUAAUAAGAAUACAUUUAUAUUUUGA